CGCGGCCGCUCGUCCUGCCGCCGCGCCCCAGCCGCCUCCGUGCCGCCGGCGCCGGCCGCGGGGGGGAAACUGAGGCCCGGGGGCGGGGGGCGGGCGCGGGCGGCGCCGCGGCGGCGGCGGGGGGCGGGGGGCGGCCCCGGCGCCGCCGAGCAGAGCCGGCCCGGGCCGCCCGCCGCGUUGCUCGGCGGCUCGCAGCGAGACGGCGCCCGGCGCCUGGGUCCCCGCGAGCGCAGGCCGGUGCCAGGAAGGGAGCCAGCGCCAGGGCGAAGAUGAGGGCUGCCGCUAGAACAAAGCUGGGGCGGCGGAGGAGAUAAGGCGGCGAGUGCCGGGAGCAUCCGAGGACAGGUGACCGGAGGAAGACGAGGAGUGGGGGCGAAGGCAGCAGGCGAGGGUGCUGGCAGCAGCCUCGAGCCUCUCGGGAGCAGCCCCCGGGAGCGAGGGCAGCCCGGGCUCCGUCAUGGCUACCAAUUUUAACGACAUCGUCAAGCAAGGCUACGUGAAAAUGAAGAGCAGGAAACUGGGGAUCUACCGGCGGUGCUGGCUGGUCUUCAGGAAAUCCUCCAGCAAGGGGCCCCAGCGCCUGGAGAAGUACCCGGAUGAGAAGUCGGUGUGCCUGCGCGGCUGCCCCAAGGUCACGGAGAUCAGCAACGUCAAGUGCAUCACGCGGCUGCCGAAGGAGACCAAGAGGCAGGCCGUGGCCAUCAUUUUCCCCGAUGACUCAGCCCGGACUUUCACCUGCGAUUCGGAGCUGGAGGCCGAGGAGUGGUACAAGACCCUGUCCGUCGAGUGCCUGGGCGCCCGCCUGAACGACAUCAGCCUGGGGGAGCCCGACCUGCUGGCCCCCGGCGUGCAGUGCGAGCAGACGGACCGGUUCAACGUGUUCCUCCUCCCCUGCCCCAACCUGGACGUCUACGGCGAGUGCAAGCUGCAGAUCACCCACGAAAACAUCUACCUCUGGGACAUGCACAACCCCCGCGUCAAGCUGGUCUCCUGGCCCCUGUGCUCCUUACGCCGCUACGGGCGGGACGCCACCCGCUUCACCUUCGAGGCCGGCCGGAUGUGCGACGCGGGCGAAGGCCUCUACACCUUCCAGACCCAGGAGGGCGAGCAGAUCUACCAGCGCGUGCACAGCGCCACGUUGGCCAUCGCCGAGCAGCACAAGAGGGUCCUGCUGGAGAUGGAGAAGAACGUCAGGCUGCUGAACAAGGGCACGGAGCACUACUCCUACCCCUGCACCCCCACCACCAUGCUGCCCCGCAGCGCCUACUGGCACCACAUCACCGGCUCGCAGAACAUCGCCGAGUCCGCCAGCUACGCCGGUGAGUGUGCCCGUUUGCCCCAGGCUCCUCCGCCGGCCCCCAGCCCUGCGCGGGGACCCACCGACCCUCCCGUGGCGGGGCUGAGCCGCCCUCAGGAACCGCGGGCCCCCGGCGUCGUUCCCGUUGCGAGCCCAAGCUGUGCUUCGUCCCCAGGGGAGGCGUAUUCAGGUGCCCAGGCCAGCUCGGACACCGACCUCCUCAACAGGUUCAUCUUAUUGAAGCCAAAGUCCUCCAAAAGCGAUAAGACCGAAAGCAGGGAGUCCAAACCGGCUCAGUGAGCCCGCGGUGCGGGGGGACCGCCGCCGCCGGGUCUGCCGCAGCGAGGCGCGCGGGAAGCCGAGGAGCGCAGGACACACAGGGCUUCAGAGGGUUGCUUUUCUGGUGCUCCCCUGCCCCCUUUUUUUUUUUUAAUCCUGGGGGUGUCAAGGAUCUGGGAACCCUCCCGUCUCCUUGGAGAGGCGAAGAGCCCCUCGCCGCAGGGAGAUGGAGAUGGCGGUGGGUAGAUGCACCCUCCGCGGCAAGACCUUUGGAGACCAGGUGCUGGCAAUGGGGGCUCUCACCCCGGCCUGACGUUACAGAAGGUGAUAAUAACUAGCUCUAUGUUAAAUGAUUUUAAAUAUAUAUUGCACAUACAUAUUAUAUAGGACGAGACUUUUCACACGAAUGCAAACUUCAUAGCCACCGAAGAGACCUUGGAAGAGGAGACGCUCAGAGAUUCUUUUUUUUUAAGUCUUGGGGACACAGCUGGGAGGUAGAAAAAAGUGGGCAGAUGACCUCGUGGGACAGGGACACGCGGCCACAGCGCAGCACUGCCACGAGGGGGAACAUCGCUGGCUUCCCCCGCGCAGCGCUCGGCCAGACCGGUGAAUUUUUCUGCAGCGGCUUGGUGCCCCGGGGUCACCGCUCGUGGGAACAGCGAAGCGGUGCCCUGCAUGCCGGGAAGGAGACGUGGCUGGAGGAGCAGCGCUGGGCUGGCCUGACCUGCACCCCACGUCCUCGCCCCACACGCGGGGGCCUGCUUGAGCGGGGACUCGCGAGGCGCUGUUGAGCUCAUUUUGCACUUCUCGACGAUAUCUAAACACACUGUAGAAUCGAGAUGUCUCAGGAGAAACUGGUUUUCCCUUGCAAACGGAGGACUCGUGCAUGCAGCGGGGACACCACCAGGACUGCUGGGGCCGGGAGGCAUCUCAUCAGCCAGCACCCAGGCAGAGCCGAGCACCCAGCCCCGGGGGAAGAACACCCCUGCCCCAGCACCUCUUGCUCCUUCAGUGCCAGCCUCUCUGCUUCGGUGCCCCCAGACAACGCGCAGCCAGGAGCAACCCAGGGACCAUUUUUGGCCAGUAGCACUAGUCCGUCAAGCUUUGCUGAAAUAAAAUUCCCGGGGCAGAGGCAACACGUUGGCUGUGAGCCCUUGCCUCCCCCCGCCCAGGCCCUCCCCAGCGAGACGGAGGAGGUGCUGGUGGGGAAAAGCCACUUUGCCUCUUAGCUGCAUCCCCCCAUUUCCAUCCCUCGCUCUCCCUCUGCCUCGCUGCUGCUGCCAGAGGGCACCAGUGAGAAUGGGCAAAAUACCUUGCACAUGGGAGCUGGGUUUAAUAUACCGAACUCAAAAGCAAUUGAUUUUCUAGGUCUCCUAUUUAUUGAACUCCUUUAGAAGGGCUAUCUUUUUAUUGCAGUACAAACUAAGGUGUUUCCGUUGAGGUUUUCUUUCUGGUCUGGGUGGGCUGGUUGGUGAGUUUUGUUUUUUUUUUCUUAAAGCUCCAGGUCUGUCCUCUUAGGACAGGGAGUGUUGUGCUGUGGGAGUCUGUGGUCUGUGGCCUGUAAAUACUGUGUCUUGGGUCUGUGUAGCUUGUGGAUGACGCUGGGGAUCUGCUGGAGCAGUUUCAGGCCGGAGAUGGGCUGCUGCUUCCCCCCCGCCCUGGCCUUACUGCUGGGCGUGGAUGGGUUCGUCAGCAGCCCAGCACUGCCCGGGAGCGCGUCCUCCCUCGGGGAUGAGCGGUGUAACGGGCUGCCUCGGCCCAGCUACAUACCUCAUCUGGAAAAGAUGGGAUUUAGCAUUUAUUACCAAAAAUGUUUGGGUUUUUUGUUUGUUUUUUUUUAAAGGAAUUGCUCUAUGAAUAAACAAUCCUUAUCCACC